AUGGGUAAGAAGAGCUUUGCUACCACCGAGGAGCUCAAUCUUGAGUUAGUUGACCCAGGAACCAUUCGCAUCGAUUGUUCGGGUGCCUACAUUGGCAAUGAUUAUUUGCUUAGAAAUACUGAAAAGGAUGUAGAUACCGAUUCUUCAGACUCAUCCAAGAUUGACAAUGGUACCAAGGGUAAAAGUAGUUCAGUUAGCACUACUGGAGGCUUAACUGAUCCAUCAUCAUCAUCAUCAUCAUCCGAAGACUCUGACUCCGACCAUACGAAUUCUAGACUGCCAUCAAUUCACAGCCUCAAUGGUCCAGUAGAAGACAUUGACCUCACGAAAAACAUCACACUCCCACAACACAAUUCUGAAAUCAUUCAUAUUUCAGUAGAUAUUGGUGGGACUCUCACGAAACUUGUAUAUUUCACCAAGAAUAGUCAUAAAGAUACCUCGAAAUCAGGUGGGAAACUUCAUUUUAAAGAUUUCCAAACAGAACACUUCCAAUCACAAGUGCUCAAGUUUAUGAUCAAACUCAUUCAUAAGUCCUUUGAUAAGAAUUUACCUCCAAUCACGUAUAUCAUGGCCACCGGUGGUGGAGCCAACAAGUUCCACAAGCUAAUGACCAAGACGUUUCAAAAACAUAAAUUACCAAUGAAGGUGAUUGCUAAAGAUGAAAUGGAAUGUUUGAUUAGAGGGUUAGAUUGGUUUAUCACUAAAAUCCCCAAUGAAAUUUUCAUUUAUGAUUUGGAAGAACAUACUACCAAGUUCAUCCCCAACCCAUAUACCGCUAACCAGGAUAUUUAUCCGUAUUUACUUGUUAAUAUCGGCAGUGGAGUUUCUAUGAUUAAAGUCACUGGUCCAGGGCCACAUGGGUUUGAAAGAAUUGGAGGUUCCUCGUUAGGUGGAGGAACAUUGUGGGGGCUCCUUUCCCUUUUGACUGAGGCUAAAGAUUAUAAUGAAAUGUUGGAAAUGGCUCUGAGAGGAGAUAAUGAAAACAUUGACUUGCUUGUAGGGGAUAUUUAUGGAUCUAACUACAACAAGAUUGGUCUUAAAUCAAAUCAUAUUGCAUCAUCGUUUGCUAAAGUGUUUAAGAAACUCCGGUUCCAUAACGAUGAGAAUAAGGAGUUAACACCUUUAGAAAAACUCAACCAGUUCAAGCCUGAAGAUAUUGCUAGAUCUCUUCUAUACCUGGUGCUGAAUAAUAUAGGCCAAAUUGCAUACCUUCAAGCCCUUCGUUUCAAACUCCAACGAAUUUAUUUUGGUGGGAGUUAUAUAUCUGGCCAUAAACAAACCAUCCAUACCCUUUCAUACGCUGUGAAUUUCUGGUCUAAUGGUGACAUGAAGUCCUACUUUUUGAGACAUGAAGGGUAUCUCGGUAGUGUAGGAGCAUUCAUUAUGGGUCCAGAUCUGAAUGGCUGCAUUUCCGAAGAAACCAAUGCUUCAUAA